UAGUGCGCCGUGACGUCACGGCCGCUGCGGGGCGGCUCCGCGGGAAGUGGGGAAGAAUGAGAAGAGGGGACCGCCCCGGUCGGUGUCACUGGCUGCGAAGAUGGCGCUGAACAGGAACCACUCGGAGGGCGGCGGGGUUCUGCUCCCCCACGGGGAAUGUAUUACCAAGCAGUGUAAAGAUGUGGAACUGACCUUCUCUGAUGUGACCAGCAAAUCAGAUAUCUUCAAAGGCACCAAGAAAGGAAUGGUGUUUCUUACCCCCUACAGGGUCAUCUUUUUGUCCAAGGGCAAGGACCCAAUGAUGUCCUUCCAGAUGCCAUUCACUUUGAUGAAAGGAUGCUCUAUUGAACAGCCAGUGUUUUCUGCUAAUUAUAUCAAAGGAGUAGUAGAAGCAGAACCAGGAGGUGGCUGGGAAGGGCAGGCUUCAUUUAAGAUGAUCUUCUGUAGUGGAGGUGCCAUUGAAUUUGGACAAAUUAUGUUCAGACAGGCCAGUGAUGCUUCCAGGGGAGUACCUGUUCAGAACUUUGGCUAUGGAUUUGCAUAUAUUGCUGGGGGAUAUGUCCCUGCUCCUUCUGUCCCAGGAGGUUAUGUACCAGCUUAUGUUCCUCCACCACCUGCUGCUGGACCAUACCCAUAUAUGCAUGCACAGAUGAAUGGAUAUGGACCUGCUCCACAACCUAUGGGAUAUCCAUAUGCGCCUCCUCCGGGUAUGUAUCCAGCACCUGGUGGGAUGUAUAUGGCACCUCCUCCCCCAUAUUCUGGCCCUUCUGCUGCUGCAGGGCCUUCAGCUCCAAAUCAUGCAGGACCUUCAUCUCCUUCAGCCCCUACAACCUGGGUAGAACCUGGAAUGCCAGGUGGCAAUAAAGCAACAUCGGGAACUUCUAGUGCAUAUUAUAACCCUGCCAAUCCCCAUAAUGUCUACAUGCCUAUGGAUCAGCCACCUCCUUAUUCUCCACCUGAUGAGAAAAAAAACAACUAGCAGGAGCCAAGCAGUAUCCUCCCUUGUGUUUUCUUGCCCUUGAAGACAUCUUUGCCGCCACCUCUGGCUCUCUGUUACUAGAUCAUCCAGUGUCAAUAACAUAAGCAAUGUUGGGCGAUUUAACAUCAGCAGCUCUUAAAUUCUUGUCAUGGCAAUACAAAACAGCAGUGACAGUAACAUUUUCCUGACUAUUUGGAUUUUCUCCUGGGGCCAGGAUAGAAGUGCUGUGACUAUUUUAGCCUUUUAGUUUGAAGGAGAGGUGAAUUACCCACACUGCAAAGGAAGACAAAUCAUAUAUGUAGGAAUGAAAAUUGGAUCUCUUUGUGUGAAGCAAAAUACUUUUAGACUGAUACACUAGUGCAAGUACAAAGAAGUCUUAUGCCCAUUGGCAUCAGUGUGGCGUGUUAAAAUUUUAAUCUGUGCAGUUUAAUGCAUGAGAGGGACUCCAGUAAAUGUUGGAGGCUUGUGUCCUUAUUGGCUAAAUGGCAUGGCAGCCUUUAGGGUAAGCCUGCCAUGAUGUGAAGAAAAAAGGUCAACAACGUUGGGGAUGGGGAAGGAAACACCAGAAGACUAGCUAGUAACUCUUACAAUAUCUUCAACUACAUGUGGACAAUCACACAGGCAGUAAAAAUUUUCUUUUUGCUCUUUAAAUUCUCAUUGUAAAGGAGUAGAAGUAUUGAGAUGUACGCAUGCACUUGAAUUCUCAGUUGCUUUUGUUAUGACUGUAGAUUUCAAAUGUAUUCUAUCUUUUGCAGAAGGUGGGACAUAGUAACAGGUUUCAAAUUAAAUGAAGCCAAUUUCUGGCAGGUAGAAAAUCUAUAUAUGUGAAUUAGAACCAAAGUGGCAGCAUUAGGAAACCAGUAGCCUAGGGAACGGAACAAAACAAAACGUAAUUAAGUGAACAAUGUUGAACGGGGUGUCCAACUCUGGCACUUCAGAUGUUCAUGGACUACAAUUCUCAUCAGCCCCUGCUGGCAUGGCCAAUUGGCAGCAGGGUCUGAUGGGAAUUGUAGUCCAUGAACAUCUGAAGCGCCAGAGUUAGACAGCCCUGAUGUAGAAUAACCUCCAGCAUCCUGCAGUUGGGAGCCAUACAGAAAGUCUUCUGGAAAUUGUUCCCAUCCUUGUUCAGCAUUCCUUUGUAUACAGUAGCAGUCAGUAUAUCAGAGAUAAAUGUGUUUAGCAGGAAGCUGUCUUGUCAGAGAUGAAUACUAAAGCCAUUUCUCCAGCUUAGCCUUUGUGCAGGUUGAGGCAUGAAUGUAACUAUAAGUAUUAUUGGGGGAGGGGGGGUGUUGUAUGAACUUUCCAUGUUAUGCAAUGCAGGACAGCUAUAUAAGGGGCGGUAUUGGACGAACAAACUAACCUUUUCAGUGAGGAAAGCAAGAACUGUGAUUUUUUUUAGCCUCAUGCUGCUUUCUGGAAACCUGUUUAGAAUGCCUUUCCUAGCCAAGCUAUCGCUGAAAGCAGUCUGAAACUUAUUUACAGUACAAUCCUAGGGCUUGUUACUCUAGUUUAAGCCUGUUGAAAUCAACGGGUUUAGAUGUAACUCUCCAUAAGGUUGCACUGCUAGUUCUGAAGAGAACUCUUGUUCCUUUUGAUGGAAGGGUGGGUAUUGGGGAAUUCUUCCUCGAGCAGAUUAGGAUUGCAUUUUUUAACAAGAGCUCAACACACUAGUAUCAGUUUCCCUCUCUAGCAACUGAGCACAUUACUCAGUGGAAAAGAUAUGGAAGGAACUUUUUUCUAAUAAAAGCUUUUAACUGGAUUCCAAGAUGCUUACUGUUUUCCACAAUAUAAUAUUUAGCUCUGUUUGUAAUAUUUUUGGAUUGCACUUUAAUACAGAAGUAUUGAAAUCUU